AUGAGAGUGUUAAAAUCACUAGAGUCGGACUUGGAGAUCCCUCAAGUUGAUCUCUUGACGUUGCUGUUUGAUCCCAAAUGGGGCGACGCAGAAGACGAUACAGUGCUUCAUGUUGAAGCCGCGAAUCCUCGCAACACCGUAACCAAAUCAGAAGCCCGAGAUUUGGUACAGCGGAUAGCAUAUGUCCUGCGGAACAACUAUGGCAUUGGCGCGUCCGAGUCCGGCCGGGAUAUCGUCCUGGCUACCAGCUGUGGAAACCCCAUGAUACCCGUCGUCUUUUACUCGAUCGUCGCGGCCGGAGGAGUCUAUAGUGGUGCCAGCACAGCCUUUCGUCCGGCCGAAUUGGUGCGACAGAUGAAGGAUGCCGGAGGUGACCUGCGACUUCUCAUGUGCAGUGCGGAGUACGAACAAUCGACCGUCCAGGCUGCCAAACUUUGCGGCUUCCCACUCGAUCAGAUACUCGUCCUCGACUAUAGCACUCCUAAGCAGUGGACUCUGCGGACUUCGGAUCGCAAAGAUGCCCUCAAGCUUGGACAGGGCCAACGAAUGGAUUGGGAACGAAUUACGGACUUGAAAAAACUCGAGACGACCACGACCUGCCUUCUCUAUUCAUCCGGCACGACCGGCCUUCCCAAAGGCGUUCGACUCUCCCAAUGGUCUCUGGUUGCAAACUGCGUCUGUACGAUGUAUGUCGGCAAACGCUUCAAAGCCCAGAGUAAGAAUUCGUUCAAGUUCAGCACGAUUGGACACCUCCCUAUGGCGAACGUUGCGGGCAUUAGCUUGUACUCGUGCAAUCCCUUCUAUCUAGGCGGAACGGUGUAUUGGAUGGACAGCUUCGAUUUCGACCGCUUCUUGGAUUAUCAGAGACAAUUCAAGCCCUCGUAUCAAUUCAGCGUGCCGCCAAUCUGGCUGCGGAUUGCAAAGAGUCCGAAAGUGACAGAUCAGUUCGAUUCUCUGCAAGUGGCGGUUACUGGCAGUGCGCCGAUUGGGAAAGAAACCAUGCAGGAAGCGAGGCAGAAGCUGGGCAAAGGUAAGGCGUUUUUGUCGCAAACGUGGGGCACCACCGAGACUGCUGGAGUCAUCGCCGCACUGGAUUGGCGAGUCGAUGACAAGUCCUGGAGUGUCGGUACUCUGUGUCCAAACAUCACCAUGCGCAUCCUCGAUGAAAAUGACAACGACGUGGCCGAUCCAUCACGUGACCCGGGCGAGUUUCUUAUAGGUGGUCCCAUCCUCGCGGAAGGAUACCAUAACAACGACAAAGCGAACCGGGAGACAUUUGUCGAUGGAUGGUAUCGAACGGGAGAUAUUGGAGUCUACAAAGAUGGGCUGGUGUAUAUCAUGGAUCGCAAGAAGGAGUUGAUCAAGUUCAAAGGGAAUCAGGUGGCGCCGGCUGAACUUGAGGCUUUACUCACAUCGCACCCCAAAAUCGAAGACGCCGGCGUCAUUGGAAUCUGGAAUCGCGAACAAGAAACCGAGCUCCCGCAAGCCUGGGUGGUGCGGAGACAAGGAAGUAACGACACGCCCAUCAGCGAGCAAGAGAUCCUCGAUUUUGUAAAGGAGAACGUAUCGGGGUACAAGCAGCUGCGUGGGGGCAUCGUGUGGGUUGACGAAAUACCCAAGAGCGCAUCGGGUAAGAUCCUGAGAAAAGAGCUCAAGGCGAGGGCGGAGGAAUUAAAGGCCAAAUUGUGA